AUGCAUAUGCACAGAAAUGAGGAUAAUGCCACAUCACAAGCAUUGGUUCCUUUUGGCGCCCCCAAGGAAGCUGUUGAGAUUUUUUAUGAAAAUAAAAUGACAAACACUGAAGGGGUGAACCAAGGCAUUUACUUUAGUUACCCAUGUCGACGUCACAGCUGUUCUUUAGUAAAUAUUCCAGCGCCAUGUGUAAACAAAAUGAUUUCACACAUUGACGACAUGGAGUCUAAAAUACAGGAGCAUUUGAAAAAGUUUGAAACUUCUUUUGAAGAAUGGAGCAGGACUUCUGCAAAAGACCUGAAAGAAGAUUGGACUAUUGCUACACCAAUCAAAGAGGUCAAACCCAAAGAAGAGAGAGAUGAAAAGUGUCCAGAAUUAAAGCAGGAAAUGGAAACACUGCUAUCAGAGGCUAUUUAUCUCAUUAAAUGUCUAGAAACUGACCGUGCAGAAGCUGAAAAAGCUUUGAAACACCAAAAAUCAAGAAGGAAAAUGAUAAAUAUGACAAUUGACUCUUGGUCAGUCUGGAGACUUCAAGAAAUCCCGUUAGCUGUGCAGAAAGAACACGAGGCCUAUUUGAGAGAUAUCGUAGAAUUACGAUGGCAUCUUGAAGAUAAAUCUCACCAUCUAAAACAUUUUGAGGAACAAAACGCAAAAUGGGAAGAAACAAAUGCAAAGGUUCAAGCAGAUGUUGAUUACAUGAAUGAAAAUGGUCCUCUACUGAAUUCAAAGUUGACCCAGGAACUUGAAACUCUGAAGAAAUAUGAUAAAAAAAAAAAUGAGGUAUUGGAAGUAUACAGACGAGUUCAUGAAGAACUUAAAGACGCUAUAGAAAAAUAUGGAAAAGUGAAAUUGAAAGCUGUACAAAUGAGAGAAGAAAUGGAAAAAGAUAUUCAAAACGAUGAAAAAAGCAUAGAAGCCUACAAGAAACAGGCAGAUCAAUUUACCACUCUAUACCAUCACUACACUACAUUAAUUCAAAACAUUAACAUUAGUAUUACCGAGACUGAAGUGGCUGAGACUGCAGCAUUGAAGGAAACACAGACAACAACAGAUGAAUUAUUUUCUUUAACAAAAUUGCUAGAUGAAUUGAAAAGAGUUUAUGAUCAACUAUCCUGGAAGAAAAAAUGUUAUGAAAAUGAAUAUUUGGAAAUAUUUAAUAAUUUUAAUUCUACUAAAAAAUCAUGGGAGAUUGAGCUUUCUAAUGUCACAAGAGAUUUUACAGAUCUUUUAAUGGUAUAUAAUCAAUUGAUGGAAGAAAAUAGAAAAAUUGAGAUGGAUAUUGAAACCAUAGCAGGUGCAAUCAAUGAAAGUGUAAGGAAAAAAUCAGAGCUUGAGUCUGAAAUCCAAUCUUUGAUGACAAUGAAGGCAAAAAAUGAUGAGUAUCUUAAAAAUCUAUACAAGGAAGCUUAUCAUAUUGGUGCUAUUUUCCACCUAACCAAAUAUAAAACAGAGGAAUUGGAAGAACAGAUAGCAGAAGUGAGAAGAAAAUUCAAGGGUCGAGAAGAAUUCUUGAAAAGACUCACUCGAGGUGAAGUAGCCAAUGGGAUGAUGCUUCAGAAAAGACUGCUUACCCUCCAAGAAGAAGAGGUGCUUGAGAAGGAGGAGCUUCUGCAGAGGAAGGCGGUGUACUCGCUGAUCCUGGCCGAGUUGGAGGAGCCUCUGCUACAAGUUGAGGAGGAUGCCCAGAGAGUCAAAAUGUCCCACAGGGAGCAUUUCGACACACUAAGUGAUAUAAUUGAAAAGAGAGACAAAAUUAAAACCAAUGUGAAAAAGACACAGAAAAAGUUGCAAAGAAAGGGGAAGAAAACCCAAGAAGCACUAAUAGAAACUGAGGGAAAGAGCUCAACAAUUUUUAGUGAAAUAGAAUCAACUAAAUCUAAAACAGCUGUUUUUAAAAAACAAGUAAGUAAAUUGAAUAAGGACCUAGAAGAAAAAGAAGAGGCAAAGAAAAUUUUUGAUCAGAUACUGGACACUUUGAGGGAGCAAUAUUUAGCUAUAAGAUUUAAAAAGGAACAUGCACAAGCCGUUUAUGAUCAUCUCAUAAGUAAGAAAAAGGCCUGUGAAGAGAGAUUGAUUGAGGAAGAACAGAGACAAAGAACUCUCGUUACCAUGAGGCAGAAAACUCUGGCAGAUCUUAAAAGACUACAAGAUGAUUCACUAAAAGAAAACCUACGUUUAGCUCAAGAAUAUCAGAAAUUACAGAUGACUUUCUUAACAGAAAAGGACAACUUUUUCCAUCUGUAUGAUAAUCAGUUAUCACUUGAUGCUUCAAUUAGAGAUAAAAGCCAGCUCUGUCAGCUGCAAAGAAGGAUACACAGUGUGUGGCAGAAGUACCUCAAACUGGUGGUCCUCUACAGCCGCAAGAGGCUGGCCGGCUUCCAGGGAGACUCUCAGGAGAGCAUUCAGAAAAUACUAGCCGUGCAGGAAGAAUCUUCAAAUUUAAUGCUACAUAUCGUAGACUUCUUCCAGACUUUGUCAGAUGGCCUAUGUGAAAGCGAUGGUUAA